UCAAGUUAGAAGACAGCCAGGGCAACGAGAAACUGCGUCCAUUGUAGCUCGACGACAGAGACCGCGCGUCCUAUACUAUACCGUGGCUUUUGAGCCAAAAUGGCGACGAAAGCAAAGCGGUUUUCUGCCGUGGUGUCCGAGAAAUAGGAAUGUCAAUGGCAAGAAAGCCGCGAUGCGCUUAUUUGAUCUGAGCAGUAGUUGCACUCUGACAGCGUUUUAAAAAGGCAUACUGAAGGUGACGCGUGUGCCAUAAGAGAUAGUCGUGGACUUCACCUCCCGCCGAUCGCUUUGCCCGGCGUCGGAGACGCUCGUAAGUCGGGCUGGGUGUCACGUGACUUGAACAGAGCCCAGCUGCCCAAUUCCAAUAUGGUGGUCGGCUCGGUAGGCUUACGUUUCUUGUUGAUGAUAUUGUUCUCUUGUGGGUUUGGGUUCGGCACGUACGGCCAGCAAGCCCCGGAGGUUUUGGGGUUGCGACUGGAAGAGCCCAAGACUGGAGUUUCUAUGAAGGGGCGGGACGUCUCUGCGCCGUACGGUGUCUCUUUUCGGCUGCGAUUGUUCGGCUUCUAUCUGGUUAAUGGGACUUGGCCGUGGGUCGCUUUCGCUGAAGCUACGAGGGAGACUAACACGGACCCGUGUGAGGAGGAGAGCCGCCGGACCUCGGCCGAGUUCCAAGUCAGCGACUUCCAGGCGGCCGAUAAUCAUAGCGGGCUUAUAACCGUGCAGACGAAGAAAAGCAUCUCGCCUGCGCUGGACGGCGAGCAGAAGAGCAAUCCCAAAUACCAUAAGUUGUGCAUCUUAAAAGGCGUUAAUUGGGUAUCGGUCGGAACGGAAAGAUUACACAUUGUCGAGAAUUCAUCUGAGCCGUUUCUCCCUGUGUGGGGAUAUGCCCUGUGCAUAGUCCUGCUGAUCAUUGCAUGUAGCGUGUUUAAAAUCCUGAAGCUGAGCCUGCUUUGGCUUGAUCCUUUGGAGCUCUACGUGUUGCACAGUUGCGGUUCUGAGGAGGAGAAGCGGGCUGCGAAGCGCCUGGAACCCCUCAGGAGACGGGGUAAUUUCCUGAUAUGCUCCUUGCUGUUUAUCUGCGCAUUGGGCCAUGCUGCACUUGGGAUACUCUUCUACCAUGUCUUAGGAUGCAUCGUCUCUGCUAUAUUUGCAUGCGGCGCCCUUAUCUUUCUGGUGGCUGAACUGCUGCCGCACAUCGUAUGCUCCGGGUAUGGGUUCCAACUCGCACCAAACAUGACAUGGAUCGCCCAGAUAUGCAUGGUGCUGACUUGCCCUUUGUCUUGCCCGCUGGGACUACUGUUGGAUUUGAUAUUGCGCAGAGAUAUCAGCACUUGCAACAUACGUGAGAAGACCAUGGAGAUGAUCAGAACUAAUGUCAACGACCCCUACAACGAAUUUGUUAAGGAGGAGUUCAGCAGAGGUGCACUCAGGACCAAAACAGUGGAGGACAUCUUAACUCCCCUGAAAGACUGUUUCAUGCUUCCCUCCACUGCCGUUCUGGACUUUGGGACCAUGUCGGAGAUUAUGCAGAGUGGCUACACGCGAGUCCCUGUUUAUGAAGAAGAGCGCUCCAACAUUGUGGAAAUUCUGUACGUUAAGGACCUGGCACUGGUAGACCCCGAGGACUGUACGCCCAUGAGUACGAUCACCAAGUUCUACAACCAUCCCCUGCACUUUGUCUUCAAUGACACCAAACUGGAUGCCAUGCUGGAGGAAUUCAAGAAAGGAAACUCCCACAUGGCCAUCGUGCAGAAGGUUAACAAUGAGGGUGAGGGUGACCCCUUCUACGAGGUGCUGGGCCUGGUCACGCUGGAGGACGUCAUCGAGGAGAUCAUCAAGUCAGAGAUCCUGGACGAGUCUGAUGGCUACAUGGAGACCAAGGUGAAACGGCCCCUCGCUCCGCUGGAGAUAGCCCUGGAGCCCAAGUGCCGCCAGGAGGACUUCUCCCUUUUCAGGAUGCCAGACGGGGAGCCCAGGAUCCGCACUUCGCCGCAGUUGCUGCUGGCUACGCAUCGCUUCCUCUCCCGGGAGGUGGAGCUGUUCGGCCCGCAGCGCGUGUCUGAGAAGGUCCUGUUCCGCCUGCUGCAGCACCCCAGUGUCAACCAGGAGGUCAAGUUUGACCCCGGCAACAAACUGCGACCAGAACACUACCUGUACACCCGCAACCACCCGGUGGACUAUUUCCUUCUGCUGCUGCAGGGACGUGUGGAGGUGGAGAUUGGGAAAGAGGCAUUGAGGUUUGAGAACGGCGCCUUCACAUACUACGGCGUGUCAGCGCUGACGGCGCCCUCAUCAGUGCACCAGUCUCCAGUGUCGACUCAGCACCGCUCGCCCCGUGAUCCGUUUGAGCUUGGGGAGGCUGCCAGCCCAUCAAGCUACUGUCCAGACUACACUGUCCGUGCUCUCACAGACCUGCAGCUCAUCAAAGUGACACGGCUGCAGUACCUAAACGCUCUGAUGGCCUCCCGAGUGACUCAGAGUCCCGAUCCGCCCGAGAUCAAGAUCCUGCCAAACAGCCAGACCAAGCUGCUGAAUGAGCGGAACACAAACCCAGAGCUUCCUGCCCACUUAUCUUUCUUUGACAAAAUAGAGAACUACUGUUAGUGUACGUUGCAUGAGGUGGAAAGAGCAAGGACAGCACAGCAGAAGAGGAAAGUCACGGAUAACGCCGCCAACCGAAAGCCUCCGCCUGCUCUCUCUCGUCCCGCCCCUGUAAAUUUACUCGUAUGACCCUAAAUGAGAGGGUGAUUUUAGAGAUUUUAUAAUUUAAAAAACAUGUCUUUUAACAGUGAGACUCUGGUGGGGGGAGGAGGUGUUGGGGUCAGAACCCAAGCAUCGGUCACUUUGUCCUUCGUUAGGCAAGAGAGGAUGGGAUUGGGGGCCUGCGGUGGUCUGUGGGACUCCUCUGCCUGACUGCCCCCUUUCAGCGCUGCAUUACCGUGUCCAUCAUAGAUGAUUAUUUUCGCCUUUAACACGUUAAGAGGCAGCCGUGUGAUGGAGUGCUCUCACUAAAGGCGAUUUUUAGGUGGUGAAAUCGGCCAUGCAUGUACAGCAGUGGUUUGUUUUGCAUGCGUGUGAGAUCCUGGGCUUAAACCCACUCCUGUUUUUAACAGCUAAGGGUCAGCUGCAUUCCUGUGUGUGCUGACGCGCGUGUGCGUGUGUGCGCGCGCGCGUUCCGGCCCUUUCCACAGUGUAUUGAGUCUCUCUAGCCGCAGUUACUCUAUCAGAAUGAUCUGUAGUUUGAGAUGCACGAAUAAAAUAAUACUCAGUGGCCAGUUUGCACAACUUUCUUGUUUUGUGGAUUUAUGCUACCUUUGCUUUCAGGUUCUAAUAACCACCACAGUUUUAUUUCUGGUCGUUAAUAGGAAAGUUCACAAUCAAUAGACUGGAAGUAUUAAUACUCAUUAUUACUGGAAAGCCACAGGAACAUACUAUUUUAGACUGUGCAAGUAAAGCUAUACUUUUGUUUUUGGUCUCCUUUUGGAUGAUCUUAAGGGGGUGUCUUGUGUCUUGAGCUUUGUAAACGCCUCGGCCCUGUCUAAUCUGUCCCAGUGUCCUUGCUUUAUGCUGUAUAAUUUUCAUUUUUUUUCCCUCCUUUGUCUCCCCCCCCACACUAUUUGCCACAUCAAACUCACCACCUCUUUUCACAUAAACAGGUGGCGCUGUCUAACGUUUCAUAUCAGUACGUUUGUACAGCAACUUGUGCCAACACGUGCGGCGCCUUUCAUCUCGGCCAGGGAGACGUUGCCGUUGUGUGUGUGACAGAGAGCGGGAUCUAAAUGCACAUUCCGGCUUUAUGGAAUUUUCUCUCUCCACUGUUUCUUGUCCGUGUGAGAGUAAGAAUAACUGGAGGCUGAGGUGACAUCAGGAAAAUAUUUCACUGCUUGCAAGAUUGACCAUGGAUGUUUAUAUACAAUAUCAUAUAUAACAUUUAUCUAUAUAAAUGUUGUAUAUAACAUGUAUAAAUAAAGUUUUUUGUUUCAACACCAGAACUGCAAGGGCACAGUUAAGACGUGUUGGUACUUGUACGGUAUUCUGUACAAGCCAGUUGGGUUCAGGCCAAAGCUACCCCCUAAUGUUUUCUUUUGUUUUUUUAAUAGUGUCUUGAAUUACUUUGCCUAUAAUGAACAAGUAUUACAUAAUUAACUUUGUGAUUCCAAGUAAAUACUUUUUUUUUUUUUUUUUUUUUGCUGUUGAAAUGUAUUGUUUGCUCUGCUGUAGAAAUUCAUUCAUAUUGUAUCUAAGGAAUGAAUGUAUGUUGUAAAGGAAUAGUCAGGAUGCUGGUUUUUGAGGACGUAGAAUUUGCUGUAUAUUAAUAUAUAAAAACAAACAUAUAUAUAUAUAUAUAUAUAUAUAUAUAAUAGAAAUGAAAAUUGAAAAUACUAAUAGUUAUAGAAGUGUUUUCAGGUACAGGUUUCAUGUUACCAGGGGGAAAAAAAUCAUUAUUUUUUACCAACUACUACUCUUGUUCUUAGAGUAGCUUUUUGUUGUAAAAUUUCUCAUUUUUCUAGAAUUUCACAGGAUCUGUGUGCAUAAUACAAUUGCAAUGGAUUUUACUUCAAGGUCAAAAUGUCUCAUAGGAAAUAAAUGGAAACCAUAUCAA